CACUUUUUUUUUUUCACUCGCGCGUCUUCUGCACGCCUUUCCAUAAACGACAUAAUGCUCUUCUAUUCAUUUUUCAAGACCUUGGUCGGUCAACCAGUAACAGUUGAGUUGAAGAACGAUUUGGCUAUUACAGGCGUCUUAGUCUCUGUGGACCAGUUCUUGAACAUCAAACUCGAUAAUAUCAAGGUUGUAGAUGAGGAGCGUUAUCCACAUAUGCUCGCUGUCAAGAAUUGCUUCAUUCGUGGAUCAGUUGUUCGUUACGUACAGUUGCCUGCCCCUUCAGUUGAUACAGCAUUGCUUCAGGACGCUGCACGACGUGAAAGGCAACAACCUGCUCAAGGUGGCAGAAAGUAAAAAGACAUUUGACAGGAGAUCAUAAAAAAAAAACAUAACAAAACAUAACAAAAUAAAU